AUGCAUCUUAGUCAUCUUCUAUUGAAAGCCUUAUCAAUAAAAAAUCUUGCUUCAGAAAUUAUUCUUGAGAAUACGACACCAGGAGUGCCAAAAAUUCAAACUGUUUUGGAAUAUUCCCCACAGAUUGCUGAGGUAGACGUACUAGAUAAUGAACAACAAGUAGCAAAACUUAAUGGACGCAGGCCAUUAGUUAUAUGGCAUGGGCUUGGUGAUAAUUAUAAUUCUUCAGGAAUGGUGGAUGUAAUAUCAAUAUUCAAUCAACGAUAUCCUGAUAUGUUUAUCUAUCCAGUAUUUCUAGAUGCGAAACCUUCUAAGGAUCAAGAGAAAACAUUAUUCGGCGAUGCAAAUAAAGAAGUGGAAUAUGUUUGCGAGCAAUUAUCAAGUAUACCUGAAUUGAAACAAGGGUUUGAUGCUAUUGGAUUUUCUCAGGGAGGAUUGUUUAUGAGAGCUUUGAUACAGAGGUGCUCCAGUGUAUCAGUGCACAAUUUGAUAACCUUUGGAUCACCACAUAUGGGUGUUCUGGAACUUCCUACAUGUAAACCUAAUGAUUGGUUGUGUAAAAAAAAGAAUGAAGUCCUUAAGAAGCAAGUGUGGCAUGACAAUAUACAGAAAUCUAUAAUACCUGCUCAAUACUUCCGGGACCCCUACGAAUAUGAUAACUAUGUUUUCCAUUCCAAUUUCUUAGCAGAUGUAAACAAUGAAUUAAUUCAAGAAUUUAACUCAGCGUAUGGAGAGAGGCUUAAUAAAUUGAGUAAAUUCGUUAUGGUCGUUUUUACUAAAGAUACUACCGUGGUUCCCAAAGAAAGUGCCGGUUUCAAUGAUUGGGAUACUGUAUUUGAUAGAACGAUACCAUUUGAUAAAACUUCCUUGUAUGAAAACAAUUUGCUAGGGCUUAAAACUAUGAACGAGAAUGGAAAGCUCGUAUUCUUAGAAAUCGAAGAGGACCAUAUGGUUAUAUCAGACUCGUUUUUAGCUGAUAUUGCUGAGAAAUACAUUGGUGGAUUAUUUUUAUAA